AUGGCUGCCCGUAGCGCCGCUCUCAAGAUCGACUGGGUCAAGGUCUCCAGCUCUCUCGGCCUCCGCGGCCAAACCGCCUCCUCCCUGCAGGCCUUCAAGAAGCGUAACGAUGAGGCCCGCCGCAAGGUUCAGCUCCUCUCCGAGCAACCCCAGGAGGUCGACUUCGCCCACUACCGCAGCGUCCUGAAGAACCAGGCUAUCGUCAACGAGAUCGAGAAUCACUUCAAGUCCUUCAAGCCCGCCUCCUACGAUGUCGCCCGUCAACUGAAGGCCAUUGAUGCCUUCGAGGCCCAGGCUGUCCAGAGCGCUGAGCAGACCAAGGGCAAGGUUGAGGCUGAACUCCGCAACCUCGAGAAGACCCUCCAGAACAUCGAGACCGCCCGGCCAUUCGACGAACUCACCGUUGACGAGAUUGCUGCUGCCCAGCCCGAGAUCGACGAGAAGACGGCCGCUCUCGUCUCCAAGGGCCGAUGGAUGCCCGCUGGAUACAAGGAGCGCUUCGGCGACCUGUCCGUUGUCUAA